AUGGCUGGCCGGUCAGAGAAACGCGUUACUGAGGCAAUUGAAGUCGUAUGUGCAGCGAUGCCCGACUCCAAGGGCAGUCUUUUAUGGUUGCCCUUGGACCUUGCCGACCUGCGCUCGAUAAAGGGAGCAGUAGAGAAUUUCCUUACUAAAGAGACAAGACUGGAUGUGCUUUGGGAUAAUGCUGGUGUCAUGUUUCCAUCUGGAACAGUCAAAACAGAGCAAGUUGGUUUUUCUAUCACUGAUUGGGCGGCUGAAUGA